AGACAUUCUUCUUCUUCUUGAUAUAAAAAAAAAAAAAAUAUAUUAAAUUUUUUCAGUUCAGUUUAUUUUUUGUCUUAUUUCACGAAAAGCAUUCGAUUUAUUUUCCCAGCUAGUCAAUCGAUUUCCAAAUAGCAGAAAAUCUAAGUAUUUGAUGAAAUCUAAAUGUAAUCGAACACCACCAUCAUCAUUAUUAGUUUACCAUGGACGUGCUGCCAGCGUCGCCAGAAUUAAUGGUAUGCCAGGCGUUACGAGCAGCCACUGAUACAAAUGCUGAAGUAGUGCGAAAAGCUGAAGCGCAGUUAAACGAAUGGGAGAGUCAAUCAGGUUUCUUCGUAACACUAACACGUCUCUGUUUAUUGCCCCCAAAUGCAACAUCUGCGGAAGCAGCAAUAAAUCAACAGUUGGAGAGCAAUGUGCGUUGGAUGGCAGCGGUUUACUUGAAAAAUGGUAUCAACAAAUAUUGGAGGCGUGGCACUCGCCAUGAACUACCAAGCGAAGAGAAGCAACAGAUUCGUAAUCUUCUCCUAGGACAUUUUGCAAAUGAGCACGUGCCCCAGGUGGCCCUUCAAAUAGCCGUACUAAUGGCCCGUAUAGCCCGCAUCGAUUGCCCCACAGAGUGGCCUGAGCUUUUGCCAGACCUGCUGAAACGCUUGGAAGCAUUUGUGUCCAAUUCAUCUAGCGAAGUUUUUCAAACUAAUCAACCACAGUUAUUGUUAUUGACAUUGCACCAUGUGAUUAAAUCCUUAGCAUCACGUCGGAUGAUGAGCGAUCAGCGUGUUUUCGAAGAAUUAACCGUCAAUAUAUUUCAGUUCAUUUUUCAACUAUGGGACACACACAUCAAUUUGUUUUUCCAUCAAUUGAAAGAAGCGCCGUUAGGAGCGAAAACCACAUUAGAGAGAUCGGUCUUAUGUGCCCGCUUGCUGCGUAAACUUACUAUUUAUGGCUUUAAUAAGCCACAAAAAUCGGAAAUUUGCCUACGUUUUGUGGAAAGUCUUUUUGAACGUUUAAAACAAUGUUUAAAUUGCCGCUAUGAGCUAAGGCAACUGAACGCCGAUGAACAGUUAGUUGCUUUGCUGGAGAAACUUAUCUUAAAGCAAAUGAAAACUAUAUUAGAAUUUCAAGAGGCACACAAAGCAGCUUUUAAGAAAUUUGUUCCAAUAGCUUUGCAAUUUAGCUUCGAUCAUGUCUUCCACUAUAGUGCUUUUCUGAUAUUCACGGACAAUGUCAUCAAUUUUCGUCAGUUCGCUAUACAUUGCAUUAAUCUGAUUAAAGGUAUAAUGUCACCCUUCUAUUGGGUGCGUAGUAGUGGCUACGCGCUCGAAGACGAAUCGGAUAUAGAAUUGCGAACAGCUUUAGAAGAAUUCUUCACUGAAGAGCGUAUUAGUUAUAUAAGCGAGAAAAUUAUUACGCAUUAUUUUUUAUUGACGCAAAUCGAAUUGGACCUAUGGUUGGAAGAUCCCGAAGAAUUUGCUCAGGACGAUAAUGGCGGCGACAGUUGGAAGUAUGCCCUAAGGCCUUGCGUAGAAACUUUAUUUGUCGCCUGUUUUGCUAGCUAUCAGACGCAAAUGUCAACAGAAGUUUCAAGAUAUAUACGAAAAGCUCAACAAAUACAACUUAAACCCAAUUCGGACCUCAAAGACAUUCUGCUUAAAGAUGCCAUUUAUAAUGCAGCUGGCCUGGCCGCUUUACAUUUAUUUAAUGAAGUUGAUUUUAAUGGCUGGUUUAGCGGACAACUCUUGGAUGAGCUUAAAAUUGAGGCGGCAAACUUUCGUAUAUUAAGAAGACGGAUUAUUUGGCUGUUGGGUGAAUGGGCGGGUGUAAAAUUCGCUCGUAAUCUCCGUCCAUUGGCCUAUGAAGCAUGCCUACAUCUACUCAGGCCCACUGAAGACAUGUCGACUCGUUUGGCCUCUUCCUUCACUUUAUCUAUUUUACUAAAUGACUUUGAUUUUGAUCCAUUUCAAUUCUCUCGUUUCCUGGAGCCAUCCUUUAAUGCUCUCUUUGUGUUUUUGCGCGAAGCCAAAGAAUGCGAUACCAAAAUGAAAAUAUUAACAAUAAUGUCAACGCUAGUCGAAAAGAUGAGCGACACCAUUGAACCUCAGGCUGAUAACCUAAUUGCAUACCUGCCGUUAUUAUGGAAAGAAAGUGAAGCUUAUAAUAUGUUACGAUGUGUCAUUAUAUCUACGCUCGAACAAAUGGUGAAAGCUAUACGCGAUAUACCAGAAAAAAUGCGACCAUUCCUGCAUAGUGUUAUUGCAUUGAGUACGGAUGUUAAGGAACCCUGUCACAUAUACCUCAUCGAAGAAGGCCUUUCUUUAUGGCUGGCGGUUGUAGAAAAUUCCACCACCAUGUCUAAUGCUUUAAUUGAAUUGUGCCGCAAUAUUGUACCCAUAAUGGAGUCGUCCUCGGAAAAUUUGCGCACUGUUUUAAUUUUAACAGAAGCUUAUAUAUUACUAGAUGCCCAUGUUUUUCUGGAACGUUAUGGGAGAGCGUUUAUUGAAAUUUGCGUCAACAUGUUUGACGAUAUACGUGCAGAAGGUGUUGUUCUUAUGGUGAAAGUGCUCGAAGUCUGUUUAAAAUCGGACGCUAAUAUCGGCCUGGAUGUGAUUAAACCUACGCUGCCCUAUAUAUUUCGUCAAGUUUACCUAAAUAAAGACUUCCCAAUGUUAAUGGGCAUGUAUUUGACCAUAGUUGCGCGAGUAUUACUCAUAAGCCAACAAGUGUUCAUGGAUGUUAUACGAGAGGUACAAAGUCCAAACGCUCUCGAAAUUAUACUCGAUGUAUGGAUAACAAAAAUGCCAUUAAUAACGGAAGUGGAAAAGCGAAAAUUAUUUUCAUUGGCAUUUCUUUCAAUAUUUUCGAAUAGUCCUAUGUUAUUGGAAAGGUUCCCAGCCAUUAUGCAAAACAUUAGCGAUACGUUGUUUGAAAUAAUGUGCGAAGAUGACAACGAAUGGGAAGUUAAUAAACAAAUUGAUUUAAACAAAACCACCACCGGUACAACGACUGCGGAGACGACAGCACAAAAUAAACCUAUAAAAUAUUGUGAUUCUUUGGUGUUUGUCGAUGCGUACGAUGUCGAUACGAGUAAUUGCUCCGGGGAUUUCGAUUAUAAAACCUAUCAUUAUGCUCGUUAUCGUCAGCUAUCACUCAAAGAUCCAGUGCACAAAAUAUCCCUGCCUCAAUACAUGGAAUGGCAAUUAAAUACGCUGCGCUCACAAUUGGGAGAAGAGGCCUACCAGAAAUUAAUGCGUUCCGUUUACUCAGCUGUGUUGGAACGUUUAAGUAAAUUUGUUCCUUUGCAAUUAAUUUUCCCAUAAAUUGAAGACACAACCCAAAAACCCUUAAAAAAAAAAAAAAAAAA